GUCGGACAAAGAGCAGAGGUGAAGUGGAGCAACAGUUUACAGUGCUGGAGUGUGCUAAGAAGGAGCUUGAUCUUACUGUCUUUUAUAUUCGCCUAUGCUUUCUUGCCAUUUACUCCGAUGAUCGGACAGUGAAAUAGAGAUGUUUCUGGUAUCAGCACUUUUCCGUUUGAGAUUCUUCAACAGACUGAAAAGGGAUUCUUACCUUUCACAAAGCUGUAUUCUAAGGAACUGGAAUGAAGAGGACUGGCAUGGGAUAACAAGUGAUGGUAAGAAGGACAGAGAGACGGACGGACGAUGGAACACAGAGGGGAAGUGUGGUUACUGAUUGAUGAGUUACUGAAGUGAAAAGGGUCUGAAUCAGCAGCAUAUACUCAUGCGACAGCGCAAACAGCACCACAGAUUGUGAAAGAAAGAGGGGGGAUGGGGUGGGGGGAAAGAAAAGGAAUCAGAAACUUGUGGCAGACCUUGAGAUUAGUGAGUCUGGACUAUGGAUUGAGGAAUAUUAAGACACAUCCCAAAGUUUUCCAUUGGAAUCAGGGACUGGAGGUUUUGGCAAGGAUGAAACUUCAACACUUCCUAAACAAGAGAUCCCGAAGCAGCCAGAAAUGGUGACAGGUGUGCCCACAGCCCUGUCGGAAAGAGGGCAAGGAGGUGACAACCUCCUCCUUUCCUCUUCAAACUCCUCUAUUACUGCCUCUUGCAACAUUGACGAGUCCUACAAGUACAUCUUUCUCCCUAUUUGUUACUCCUUCACAUUUGUCUUCAGCAUCACCCUCAACUCUGUGGUGCUCUAUCGCUCCUUUCGUCACACUAAGCACUGGAAUGCUUCCCUCAUCUACAUGGUGAACUUGGCCACAACUGACUUCAUGUAUGGCUUGUCCCUGCCAUUCCUGGUGGCCAGCUAUGUCAUGCGUGACAACUGGGUGUUCGGAGACUUCAUGUGUCGCCUGGUACGCUUCCUCUUCUACUUCAAUCUGUACUGCAGCAUCUUUUUCCUCACUUGUAUCUCUGUGCAUCGCUACCUAGGCAUCUGUCAUCCCAUGAGGACCAUCACCCUGGAGACCAAGAGAGCUGUGAAGGGCACUUGCGUUCUAGUGUGGGUUGCUGUCUUUGCUCUAACUUGCCCAAUUUUCCGAUUCGCACAGACAGAGUAUCUUCCCCGUCGAAGGAACGGUGGAGCGGAGGCAAUUGUGAACGACGAUGCCACAAACCUAAGUGUGGAGGGGUUCCAGAACUGCUGGGACGAUGCUAUCGAUAAGGAGUUUCCGGACUAUGUUCCUUAUGGGAUAACCCUUCAUCUCUUGGGUUUCUUUCUGCCUUUUAGCAUCAUUGCCUGGUGUUAUUCACGUGUAGUUAUGACGAUAUUCCGAACACUGCACUCCCAACCUCCUGCCAAUGGACCUGGGACAAAACGUGAAAGCAGGGCAGGGGCAGAAGGUAUGUCGAUCAUUCUGGGGGCUCACUCACCUUAUGUGAACAGGCGUCGGAAGUCCAUCAAGACCAUCAUAACCAUCACUCUCCUCUUUGCCCUUUGCUUCUUCCCCUUUCAUGUGACCAGAACCAUAUUUUUGGUGCUUAAAGUUACCAGCAGGGUGCAGUGCCAUACAAUGCAAAUGGUCUCCAUUUGUUACAAAAUCACUCGCCCGCUUGCCUCCUUCAAUGCCUGGCUCAAUGCUUUGCUCUACUUCCUCACCAAGGAAAAAAGUGCGCCCUGCUGCCACAAGCCACAGCCCUCCCAACAUGGCCUCCUCUGGCCUUUGAGGAUGUUGGGAAAAGGAGGGAAUGGAGAGGAUGAAGCUGAAGAGGCAGGGAACCAUAAAGACAAUGAAUUCAAGGAAGAAAACAACAUAUUCAAAGAUCUACCUUGAGAAAAGCCUGAAUUCCAGAGAAGACAUCAAAAAUAUAGGAUGUUUUUGAGGUGUUAGCACCAUGAGUUUACCUGGUGUAUAGUCAAAUGUAUAAAUGUAAACUUGUGGAUUUG